AUGAAGCUAAAAUUGAUAGUAAAUGGUUGUGAAGCGCCAGAUGAUUACAAAUUAUUGAGAACUACUAUCAAUACGGUAGCUUCGCUAAGAAAGACAGCUAUCUUGAGAUUUAAUAGCGAAAGGUUGGCAAUUAUAUCCACUCCCAAAUCGUCACUGAAUAGUAGUAGCAACGGUACAAUCUUACGAGGAGAUACCGGGCAACUUUGGUGUACCAUCCCUCAGGAUGUGUUCAGACUAUAUACAGUUGUAUCGGCUCGUGAGCUCAAUACAAUAACAAUGGAGUGUAAUUGCGAUUCUUUAUUGAGUGUCUUCAAGAGAUACGAUCGUGUAAUGAACCAGGGAUCGUCUUCUAAUAUGACCAUAAAGCUACAGUCAAUGCCAGAAUGGAAUACAAACAAUGGAACCCUUUCAGGAGGAACAACAGGAGGUGUGGAUACGACAUCAAAACCGAACCCCAUCUGUGCGUUAGGUAUAAUGUUUGAAGAAAUUGUACACACCAGCGGCCCAAAUGAUGCUGUGGUCGUGAAUGGUGGGAUAGACGAUCACAAUAAUCUACCAACAACAGUGAGUACAGGAAAUUUGCUCACAAGUAACAAGGUUAUCAUGCAUUCAUUCAAAGUGCCUGUCAAAUUAUUAUUCCGUGUCCAAGACAUGCGAAUACAAGAACCUAUGAUUAACUAUAUUCAAUUGAUGAUGUACAAGUUGCCGCCAAUUUCGGGUGAGUUCGGUUCUGCCUUCCAUGGGUUUAUUAGGCGUGUCGAACGGUAUACUAACGUCAAUCACAUUCAUUUAGUGGGAGUAAAAAAAAAAGAGCAUGGAAGUGGAGGCGAUGACGUAGAACUCAAGAUAAUCGUGAAUGAAUUAGAUUGGCAUUUGGAAAUAUGUUGGAAUGGUCCUUUAGACUCUGUGAUACAACAGCAAGAAGCCAGCUCAGCUAAUCCUUCACAAACCCAUAACAUGAACACGAAUCCCCAGCAGGAAGAGGGAUCUCUUCCCAUUAUUGACGCAGACAAACCAAUGUCUUCACUGUACGUCAAUGCCAGAGAUAGAGAGGAGGAGGAGAACGCCCGCUAUGAUGAAGACCUUCUAAGAAUUGAAGAUAGCGAAGUCGUAGACUCACGAAAUAAUUACACGGCUGACACCAGCGAUGGUACGGAAUUCAAUGAUAUAUCCGUGAUGGUAGAAAAGGCAGAACAAGAGAGCUCAUCCACUCAUGAAGUAAUCAUUCGCUGCAAAGACUGGAAAGUUUGUUCCAAAUUAUAUGCAGCAUUUGAAGAGGUUGUCUUGGCAAUUUCUCACGACGAAUCCUGUGUAUUCCACUGUUCGCUAGAUCGUGGCAGUUCCGAGGAUAGCGAGGAUAUGGAAAAACCGAGGGAGAGGGGACAAAUUAUAUAUUAUAUGGCAAGAUCGAAGGGCUUAUAA